AUGGAUCUCGCGAAAAAGCUUCCCAAAAUCAAAGAUCAGGAGAAAGAGAGCAAGUUUGGAUAUGUAUUCGCUGUGUCCGGACCCGGUGAGUGAGGACGCCAUCAAAUUCUCAAACCUCGCCAGCUUAUUAAAUAUGCAGCGCAAUUCCUCAACCUUUCCUUACUGUAUAUUGUUAUGUUCUGUUCGCCUUAAUUAAUCUGUCAUUUUUUUUGUAGUGGUCACGGCGGAAAACAUGAGCGGAGCUGCCAUGUACGAACUGGUACGUAAGUAUAAAACACUAUCUGGCAUGUAACCAACUCACAAAAUCGAACACCAAAUUAAGUAUUGAUAUAACUCUGGUGAUCCGAUCAAGAAUAAACAACAUAUCCAUUUGAAAAAGAUCAAUUUAUGCACACCUUCUCGUCGUCAUAUUUGAAAUUCUUUUUUGAUGUAGACGUUUCCUGGGAAAAAAAUUUUAUGAACUGUUGGCUUUUUCUGGAAGAACCUUCAGCUUUUCCAUCUUAUUACACAGGCUUGGUCUAACAGCUUGUGGGUGUACCACAAACUUCGCCAUAGCUUCUGUGGAUUUCCUGGGGAAUAAAUAAAUAAGAAACGGGCUUAAUAUUCAAUGGAAUUAUAUACCUUCCAGUAAGAGCAAAAGCAACACUCUUUAUUGCACCACAUUGAGCUGUGACGCUUGAGAGCCCCUUAUAUGCAUUGAGAUAUAAGCAUGAAACUGAGGCCAUUCCUUGAAAUUGCAACACUGCCCCUCUUACCUGGUUUCAUACUUGAAUGAUCUUUGAAAAUCAAACAAUAUGAUCAUUCUGUAUGAUGAAAUUAGACAAAUUAACCCUUUACACCCUAACUGAGUAUGCAUAUUCCCCAUAUUCCCCAAUGUGAAUUAGCUUAACAAUCCAGAGCUUCUGUAGUUGUUGAUCAUUUCAUUAUUCUCAUGAUGUUAGUGUGUGAUUCAGGGAUGAUAUUGUAAGAAGAAAUUAGAUGCUAACCACUCUUAUGCGUCAAAGGGUCAACUAGCAUAUUUACCCCCCAUCCCCUUCCUAGAUAAGUCGGUGUGUCUUUUACAUGUAUUUCAAUUACCAGGUUAUUUUCUUGGACAGGGUAAUGAUACUGUAUCUACUGUUAGGAUGCCAGGAGUGAGAUUGUCUUGGGAGAGUACAAGAACUAGGUUGAUUUUCAAGGAAUUAACAGAAAUGCUGAGAUCUCAGCAUGUUAGAGACAGAUUGGCUCAAAUCCUAAAUCAUUAGUAAUAAAGUAUAGGAUUUCUUAAUGUUUUAUUUUCUCAUUAAGGUUCGUGUGGGACACAGUGAACUAGUGGGAGAGAUAAUCCGUCUUGAGGGUGACAUGGCUACAAUUCAAGUUUAUGAGGAAACCUGUAUCCAAGUUACUUGUAUAUGUCUUAUUCCAUUUGCUAAUUUCUGGUUGAUUUAUUUGUCUAGGGUAUUAUUUUGAAGCUUUGCCUUAGGUAACAGUCCUUUUUGUGAUUUGUUAACUGGAAGCUUAGAGAUGGUAAAAGACUUGGCAUAAUUUGUCCAUAAAUCAUCUCUAAAUUUACUGUGCAAUAAGUUGCAUCAUUGUGAUUUGGGUUGAGGCUUUGUGUUGCCUCUCUGUCUACAGUGUUUUACAGAGCAAACCAAGUUGUGCCUUAACAAUUUUAACAGCUGGUGUGACAGUUGGUGAUCCUGUGCUUAGAACUGGAAAGCCUCUCUCAGUUGAACUGGGUCCAGGUAAGAUUUGUUCUUCUUCUUGAUACCAAGACAGUGACCAAGACAUACUUUCUCCUCACAGUAUCAAUACAUUAUCAAGCAGACAAGUGAUGAGAAUAAGGGAAAAUAUCAGUUAGGGAACUAUUGUCUGAUCCAAUACCAAAUUCUCCAUACUAACAUCAUAAGAACUGUAUAGCAGACAGUAAGGAGAACUACUAGCGAGAUCUUGGGGUUGAAAGAGUUAAAAGAGAUCUUGCUUUAAAUUUUUCUCUUUUUUAAAUUAUGACCAGGUAUUCUUGGAAGUAUUUUUGAUGGAAUUCAGAGACCACUCAAGGUAUGAGUUGACUCUAUAACUCCCAGAAGUGAUUCAUAUUAAAGUUGUGCCAACAAUAUCAUUACAUUAUCCAGUAAACAGGUAAUGAGAUUGGGUAAACUUAUCAUAAAGAUGGUAUAAUCUUGAUGUAAUACCAAAUGGAAGUCUCUCGGAAAUGUGUAGUGCACAGCUUGAAGAGAAAGGUACCAAUCAACACUUGAGGAAUGAAAAAAUUAAUUCUUGAAACCACCAUGUGUAGCUCCAUGUCUCUUAAUUAGCCAUAUUUCCUGAUUAUUAGCCAAGCCUUUUCUUUCCAGUUUUACAUCGUACAUGUGAACAGCUCCACACCUUAAAAUUUGGUUUUAUCAGCACAUGGUCAAUUGUCACUCUGCAACAUUGUUGAAUUUGCUUCUGCCCCUGAGCUUAGCCAUUUUGGAGGGCUUCCACUUUAACAGCUGUUUAUGAUUGUAUCAUAUUCUGAGGAAAAAUUAGAAUACAAUGUAGUUUUGUUAGGCAUAUCUCACCACAAGGCCUCCUGUUUUAUCUCAGGACAUUAAUGAAAUGACAGAGAGCAUUUACAUUCCUCGUGGUGUCAAUACAGAUGCUCUUAAUCGUAGUGUUUCCUGGGAUUACAAACCAGAAGGAUUCAAGGUAAUCUUUUUGUUGUUGAUGUUGUGGUUGCUGAUGAUAAUGGGAACAGCAAUGACAUUAAGGGUGCAUUGAUAUCUGAUGCAUAUUCCGGUCAAGUUUCAUCAGAUCUGACAAAUCUUCACAGUCUAAUAAUUUGUUUAAGUAGAGUGAACUAGUAUAAAAUCAAACCAUGAGUUUUUGGCUUCAAAAAGACUCUUUCAGCUGUAUCUCAUCACCUUUUUAAGAUUUUAUAAUUUUAUUUUUAGCAAAAUAAGCGUAAAUGCUUUCUCUACCUUUAGAGAGAAAAAACAGAAUUGGAACAUUAUGACCAGAUUUUGUUGACUGUAGCCUUUGGUGAAAUUUGAAUCUUUUUAUGUAUGUCCUAUUGCCUGUCACUCCUAUCCAUUCAUCUGUUGCAAGCAAAGAAAUGAUCAUUGCAUGUGGACUGCAAUUAAAGUAAUUGCAGAAAACAAGCCUGAAAACAAUACAAUGUAGGCUUCAUCAGGACUCAGACCCAUGCCUUCUAGAUACUACAUGUAGUUGGACACUACAACCCAAGCUCUGAAGCCACACACUGGGAGCAAUGCAAAUUUUAGAGGGUUAGUCUUUCCCAUAGGGGAAUCUGAUCACAACUUUUUAAUGAAGGAGGACUGCGAUCUGCAAAGAAUUACCAUUUACUUUUUUGUUAUUCACAGAUUGGAGACCACAUCACAGGAGGGGAUUUGUUUGGUAUUGUACAUGAAAAUACUUUACUAAACCAUCGGCUUAUUCUCCACCCCAAGGCAAGGGGAACAGUCACAUAUAUUGCACCUCCAGGAAACUACAAUAUUACAGUAAGUACAAAGAACUGACAAAUGUAAGGUAACCUUUGAGAACUGAAAGAUGCAUUGCAUUAACUUUUCAUUAGUAACUGCAGUCAUGCAGAGAGAGAGAGAAGAUAUUAAUUUUCAGAGAAGAGCUUCGGUACCAACAUUAGAAAAUAAACAUAACCUCAAGGUUUUUUCUUUUAACCAAAGGAUGUUGUGAUGGAGACAGAAUUUGAUGGAGAGAAGACCCAGCAUACUAUGUUGCAGGUGGGUUUGUUACUGACCAGGAUGUAACAUAAUCUAUGUGUAAUCGUUUAGGAAAACUAACUUGCUUAUGCUCAGGAUUAUUAAAAGAGAGGCAAAUUGGCCCUCCCUAGCUUUUAGUUGGAUGCUGCAGGACAAAUCUGUCACAGAUCUUUAAUUCCACAUGAUGUGUGUACUGUAAGAAAUAAUGUAACUGCUUGUGACACCUUUCUGAGUGACAGUAAAGAAAUGAAAUCUAGCUAGAUCCUUGAUUUUGGUAAAGGUUGGUGAUGUUAAUUCACAAGAACCUUAAGCAAUUCAAAGAGUUCAAAGUUUCAGAACUUUUUUUCAGAUUUGGCCUGUGAGACAAAUGAGACCUGUUUCAGAGAAGCUGGCAGCCAAUUACCCUCUGUUAACAGGGCAAAGAGUUCUUGACGCUCUUUUUCCGUAAGUAUGAUGUAGGUGUAUCUGUUUACUUGUUAGAGAAUUGAUCACUGGUUAUAUGAGGACUUGGAUACAUGCAGUGGGGAGACUUUAGUUUGAACAAUAACAAUCAAGCAUUAAUGGAAUUUUUAGCCUGCUAGCAGGCCUUCAUUAUUAGUGCCAAAAGAGGCACUUUUUCUGCCCUCUGGAGGAUUAAGACAAGUCAGGGAGAGGUUUGGUCACAGACCAUUUGUGGGGUUGUGUUUCUGAAGGCCUCACUUUCCAGCAAAGAAAGAAAUGCUUGCACUAAAAUGUGUUUAUAACAAGGGCCUUCAUAUGGAAUUGUUAGCUUGGAUAACUAAUUGGUAUUGAGGUGCUUUUUAACCUCAGUGCCUCAAUUUCUAAUGCUCUUCUUUUAAAUUUUACUGAAAUACUGGACAAUGUUUUUGUAUCAGUGCAGUUCAGUACCCUAAAGGGAACUUAAGGCAGCCUCUUGCCUGUCGUAGUUAUUGGUUUGUUUUUCUCAAAUCUCAUUACUUUUGUUCCAGUAUGUGAAUGAUGAAAAUAGCCACUUAGUUUUGAUUUUACUAACUGAAAGUGAUGUAUGAUUUAAAUCUUGUAAUUUAACAUUUUCCAGGUGUGUUCAAGGUGGAACUACAGCUAUCCCAGGAGCCUUUGGUUGUGGUAAAACUGUUAUCUCCCAGUCCCUCUCCAAGUUUUCCAACUCUGAUGUUAUUAUCUAUGUAGGAUGUGGAGAAAGAGGAAAUGAGAUGUCUGAAGUACUAAGAGAUUUCCCUGAGGUAGAUUGAUUUGCUUUGUUUCAUAAGCUUGUUUGUCCAUUCACACAUGAAUCCUUUGACCCCCAAGAGUGACAAGCAUCUAACUUCUCCUUACCAUGUCUCCCCAAAAUAACAGGUUAGGGUCAAGAGAAUAAAGGAAAUGAUCACCAACUAAGGAAGCUCUUGAUUGUGAAACAAAUUCUCCUUUUCAGUACAUUAGAAAAUAUCUAGAGGACAGUAAGGAGAAUAUGCAUACUGAUGUUUGGGUCUAAAGAGUCAAUAGGUUUUUUAUUUUUUUUUUUGUUUAUUUAUUCACUGUGGGUAAUGAUUGGUAUCUGACCCUUUCACUCUCAUGCGUGACGAAGAAAUUUUUUCUCCUUACAGUAUCAAUACAAUAUAAUGCAGGCAAGUUGAUGAGAACAGCAAAAGUAUAAACUAGGGGGUUUUCAUUUAAUCAAACUUCAAAUUCUCAGAACAAACUUUAUGAGAAAUGUAUAGGACACAGUAAAGAGCAUUUUCAUCCAGAUAAUUGGAGUAAAAGGGUUAAUUGCCUUGGUUUCAUUGUAAUUGAUCAGGGGUUGUUCAUCUUGUUCAGGUUUCCUUUAGGAGGGUCUGUGGAUUUAUUAUUUUAACCCAGUUAAUCAAGAAGUACGGUAACUGCAUCUUUGACAUAUCAAUUUCAGUGGCUUGUCAGUAUUCCUGAAAUUGAUCAAGUGGUCAUUGAUUUUCGAAUUGUACGUGUUUGGCCACGUUUGUGGAGUACUUUUGUCAACUUGUGACAAAAAAGAAAGAGAAAAACAAAACAAACGAAACUGCAGAAAAUCAGUGUACUCCCAAGUAUAAACCGCAGUCAAUGACAAAAUUAUGAAGCCCUCUCUUAGAUUUUGUUUGUCAUCAUGCUGAAUAGAUUGAAGACGAAUCGAUUUUUUUCUGCAGCUCACUGUUGAGAUCGGCGGAGUAACUGAGUCCAUCAUGAAGCGCACAGCCCUUGUGGCCAAUACAUCAAACAUGCCUGUAGCUGCCAGAGAAGCUUCUAUUUACACGGGUAAGGUAUUUGUUACAAUAAGCGGACACUCCCUAAACUAACCUCUGUAAUUUCUAAAUUACCCUCUUUUAAUUUCGCUCCAUUUUCCAAACGGUACAUUGAGGGAUUGCAAGCAUUUGAUUAUUUCCGUCUGUUCCUCGCGUGAGCCUACAUGGUGCUGAUUUAGUCUGUAUCUUUCAGCUUUUUUCCACGUCCAAAUAUUCGUUUGACUUGUAUUUCCCCUUUAAAUACUAGUUUGACUAGUAUUUCCGGUCCAAAUACCAGUUUGAUCUGUAUUUCUUCUCCAAAUACGAGUUUGACUGGUAUUUCCUGUCACACAGGUAUUACGCUGUCGGAAUAUUUCCGUGACAUGGGUUAUAACGUGAGUAUGAUGGCGGACUCCACAUCUCGUUGGGCUGAGGCUCUUCGUGAGAUAUCUGGUCGAUUGGCUGAAAUGCCUGCAGGUAUAUGACUGUAUUUUCACCGGUAGAUCUGUUUACUGAAUAAGAUGAUGUAUACUAGCAGGAUCUGUUCUGAUUGAGUGUCUUGCAAGGCGACCUUGAAAGGCUCUGCACGACAAUGUGUCAAUAAGAAAAGGGCUCUUUGUCUCCUAAGAUUUUGUUUUAUGAGCUUCUCUUAGAAUUAAACAAACGAUUGUUUCCAAACACUUUUUGAAUCUCGGUAGCUACAAAAAGUGAACCUAUAUCAGGCUUUAUUGAAAUCUUAUCAUAUAGAUUGUAGCGCCAGUGAACAAGAUGAAGCGAAUCCUGUGUUCUGAUUGGCACGAUCGUCUCGGUCCAUAAGAAACGCUGAAAAAGAAAAAAGAACUCGGCCAAUAUCCAGCCAUCUUGAUCUAACGCUUAGUCAAUAAUGUAUAUGUAUUUUACGAGGUAGAUGACUACCUCAGAAUUGAGUUAACGUUAAAAUAAUGAGAUUUCAGGAUAGGAAAAAGAUCGAAGCAGUUAUAAACCUCAAUGGAGACGAGCAAUUACGCAAGGAAACCAAAAACUAACCAAUGACAAAAUUUUGACAAAGAUUUUAAAAGAUGCACAAGCCGCGUACAGACGGCAAGAUUGAUAGAAGUACACAACACAGAAGUACUUUUCAGUUUCUCCUUUAACUCGAUUCAAUCAUUUAUGGCCUUAAAAAUUGAUAAUUCAAUACCACGAAAAUUGACGCGUAUAUUUUUCUAUUACAGAUAGUGGCUACCCAGCUUAUCUCGGAGCCCGACUGGCUUCGUUCUACGAGCGAGCAGGCCGUGUUCAAUGCCUUGGUAACCCACAGAGGGAGGGUAGUGUCACAAUUGUUGGUGCAGUAUCUCCUCCCGGUGGAGAUUUCUCAGAUCCUGUCACUUCUGCUACACUGGGUAUUGUUCAGGUAUUUGUGAAGGAAUGAAUCACUAAGAGCAGAAAACCUGGGGACGCACUUGAAAUAACUUUUAAGGAAUAACCUUGAGAAUGAAACAUUUAUGGGAUUUAGUUAAUUGAUUUUUUUAUGCAGAUGCUUGAAAGGAAUCCAAAACGGAACGGAUAUUGCAGAGUAUUUUUGACGAUUCUGUGCUAACAAUUUCUCUGGCCAUUUAUUCUCACACAAUUAAGUAGGGUAUAGACGCUAAAGAAAAUAUCAUAUUUUGUUUUUGCUUUAGGUGUUUUGGGGUUUGGACAAGAAGCUUGCUCAAAGGAAGCAUUUUCCAUCCAUCAACUGGCUGAUCAGUCACAGUAAAUACAUGAGAGCUUUGGAUGAUUUCUACGAGAAAAAUUACCCCGAGUUCGUGGCGCUUAGAACAAAGGUAAAGUAUUCUUUUUCCGCCAUUAUCAGGUCGUAAUGGUAUAUUACCAUUUAAUGUAAACAUGGGGCUUCGCUGCGCGCUACAAGCUCCGCUAUUAGUCGCUAAGUAAUUAUUACACCUUUAACGUAGGAGAAAUUUUGUUUACGAGGGGAGAUUGACAUAUAUCUUCUCCUUAGAAUAUCAUUACAUUAUUCAGUUAACAGGCUUCGAGAAUAGAAAUACUAUUCAUCUAGAUUUUGUAUUGAUACAAAUCCAACUUCUCACACCUAAUUUGUAGGAAAUUCAUGUCAGCCAAAAGGGAGAAUUUCCAGUCAGUUUUUUUGGAAUUAAAAUUUUAAAUCUCACGACAAAUUCGAAGCAUACAACGGAACUAAAGCGCGUAACUGAAAAUUACAGUCGAGCCUGUUUAGAGCGGCACGUUAUUAAGUGGUCACACUGUAUUAAGCGGUCAGUUUUUUAAGUAACUUUCACUUCUAUUAAGCGGUCGUGGUUCCCCUUAACUAAGUCCCAACAGCCUUGUACCGUCCUCCACAUGUAUUUAAUGUUCACUUAAAGUGGGACCACUCAAACAAAAUUAAAAAUAAUCUUUUAAGAAAAAUUUAAUCCAUCUUCAUCCUCCGAAAUCAGUGUUGAUAGUAUUUUUGAGCGAGUUUUUGUUUAAUAAGUGGUCAUGUUUUUUUUUAAAAGAUUUACCCUUUCUUUGCAAUGUCCCUAUUAUGUGGAACAUGUAUUUAGCGGUCACCGCGCCAUUCCCCGAAGGUGACUGCUUAAUGCAGGUUUGACUGUUUUUUGUUGGAGUCUCCUCUGAUAGGUUGUGUUGGAGAAUUAACUACUGUAAUGCGUCUGGUAUUCUUUUAAGGCGUAAAAAUCCUUGAGACGACUCAUAUGCAAACCAAAAUGAAGGCAGUCAUUCCCAGAUCUCUCCUUAAAAAGUAAGGUUUCCUAUCAACUACAAGUUGAAGUAUCUGGCGCUUGAUUGUUAUUUUUCUCGUCAGGUCAAAGAAAUUCUGCAAGAAGAGGAAGACUUAUCAGAGAUUGUACAGCUUGUAGGAAAGGUUCGUAAUAAUUUCACUGUUUUGAUUGGAAAUAAAAAGAAGUGUUUGUCAUCGUUCUUAUUCUUUACAAGGAAAAUAUAAGUUGGAUGUUUGUUCCAUAUGAAGGAACCUGAGCACAAAUAAUCUAUGAUUCUUAGAUACUUUUUUAUAUUUUGGUUUUUUGCUUCCCUGUUUUUCAGGGUUCACUAGCCGAGGCAGAUAAGAUCACUCUGGAAGUAGCCAAGCUCAUCAAAGAUGACUUUUUACAACAGAAUGGUUACUCAGCUUACGAUCGUUACUGUCCAUUUUACAAGACUGUUGGUAUGCUCUCCAACAUUGUAGCAUUUUAUGAUGCGGCACGGCACUCCGUGGAGGCCACCGCUCAGUCCGAUAACAAGAUCACAUGGGCAGUCAUUAAAGAGAAUAUGGGACAGAUUAUUUACCAGUUGUCAAGUAUGAAGUUUAAGGUCAGUCUGACGUAUGGAAAUGGAUUGUUUUAUUUUGAUUACUCAUUUUAUAGAUUUUUCAGUUUCAUUCUGUUUAGUUUCUAUUUCUUUUCUCUUGAGAGGCUAUUGCUCACAUCUAUCACCAUAUUCGCCAGACACAAUGGCUCUUAUGUUAUAAUGGAUUUUCUCUCGAAUGCGCGCAAUAAUGACAUGGAUAGUUUUAAGGUGAUAAAUUCGUGUUCAUUGCUUUCUUCGUAGGACCCUCACAGUGAUGGCGAGGACAAGAUAAAGGCGGACUUUGCAGAACUUAACGAACAAAUGCAACAAGCUUUCCGUUCUUUGGAGGAUUAGGAAAUCACUUUACUUUUGAAAUAUGGACAAUUACUUUUAAUCAAUUAUCUCGCACAGAACUAAAAUAGACAAAGAAAACAAGUAAUCAUAAUAUAAAAUGUUACUCACCGAAAGGGAGGAGAUCAUACUUCUCAUUUACCUCGUUUUCAAACUGUUGAUUUAUUAGACCUUUUUGAAAUGAUUAAUAAUUAUGUGGUAGAACAACCAAUGUUAAAGAAACGUUGAAGGUGUCUGCCUCAGUCGAUCUCACUCAGUAUUAACUGAGGAACCUGCCUCAAUUACGACUUCCAUGGCAAAAUAUUGUGUGAUCAAUGGAUUUUUGAAGGCAAAAAUUAAUGUCCUCAUCAGUGAGGAAUUUUUCUUUUUAGAAUGGGUUGAAAUGUAUUAUUAGUUGUAAGCCAAUUUCCGAUCAGAGUUAUUUUCUCUCUUUUUCUUUCAAUGUGUCAUAUUUCGAUUUCUCUCAAGUCUUGUUAAAAUGAAAAAUUUCAAAUCCAAAUUAAUAUGAGUGACUGUAGUUCAGACCUCGCUAAAAUGAAUGAGUUACGGGAAACUCAUAAACAAUGGAGUCCAGUAGGCAGCUCAGAAGUUAAUUUUCUUGAGCCUCAUAAUCAAAGCGAGGCUUGAAACACAUUUGAGAAUCCUGUUCUUGGGCAAGAAUUGCAGAUUAGUGGUUAUUUCAUUCAAAUUAUCCACCCAAUAGUGUCGUAAACAGUGCCCGUGAUUCUGUUCGUUAAUGAUUCAUUCUCGACGUAUCGAUACAUAGUUAGGUUUACGACUUUUAAGUUUCAGAAGAAAGUGGGUUAAGAUACAAGACACGCUAUAUACAAUUUUCAUUUCUAAAUUGUAUCAUUCAACUGGCGCCUAAAAGAGAGCAUGAUUAGUAAAGACCUAGCAAAGGGCAUUCAAGUUAUUCCAGCAUCAUGACUGUUCUUUGUUGAGGUAGCCGCAAUUUUAUUGAAACAUGAUCGUAUGGUGUAUUUGUAACUCUAGGAUCUUUCAAUUGUGAUUAGUAUUUGUUUGUCGCUUCUCUGUGAAGAAGUCGUCAUUUGACCAAUGAAUUUCCUGUAUUUAACAUAAUUAAAUGUUUUUUCAAAGUCGAA